GAGUCCUUGUGGCCAGUCCCCAGCUGUGAGUGGGGUUUGCCAGGGCUGGGUCCUGAGGCCGAGGUCUGGGGGUGGGGCCAGGCAGAACAGCGUUGCCCCCGUGUACCCCAACUGUCCUGGCUGCCUAGGGAGCAUGUGGCCUUCUGGGUCUCCUUAAACCUUGGGGAUCCUUCCUCAGGCCUGUGGUGAGGAGGCCACACAGGAGGAGAGGCUGGGGUGACUCAGGCCUGCCAGGGUGUAGAUGGAAAUGGGAUGUGUGCCCACAUGGUUCUUGGGGGCAGCCAGGGUUCGCCAAGCCAAGCACAGGCAAGUGGGGACUCCCUGCACACUGGAGGCCUUGUCUGGGCCAGAGGGGUGCUCGCCCCAAGGCUGGCCUCUCGGUGUGGUGGGCCCAGGGCAGAGACCCGGAUGGCUCAGGUAGGGCCAGGCCCCUUCCAGAAAGGCUCCACCCUGGCCCAGCCCUCAGUGCCAGGUGGGACGUCCCACAGCCCCGCCUGCCCCAGGGAGGCGGCAGCAGAAGGCUGUGGAAGGGGACCCAGACCUGCCAACCUGUGACUCGGCCAUGGGGAACAGCCACUGCGUCCCGCAGGCCCCCAGAAGGCUCCGGGCCUCCUUCUCCAGGAAGCCCUCGCUGAAGGGAAACAGAGAGGACAGUGCGCGGAAGCCGGCCAUUCUGCUGGGCCCCGAGGCCGCUGGGAGCGGGGACACCGCCGCCGACAAGCUCUUCCACUACAUCCCGGGCAUGGACAUCCUGGACCUGGAGAAUCAGCGAGAAAACGCGGAGCAGCCAUUCCUGAGUGUGUUCAAGAAGGGGCAGCGGAGGGUGCCUGUGAGGAACCUGGGAAAGGUGGUGCACUACGCCAAGGUCCAGCUGCGGUUCCUGCACAGCCAGGAUGUCAGUGACUGCUACCUGGAGCUGUUCCCCGCCCACCUCUACUUCCAGGCCCAUGGCUCUGAAGGACUCACAUUACAGGCCCUGUUAUCCUGUGCCCGGCAGGGGCUGUUACCACUGACGGAGCUGAGCGUCUGUGCGCUCAAGGGCUCCCGAGAGCACGGCUUCCAGAUCACAGGCCCACUACCCGCACCCCUCCUGGUGCUCUGCCCCGGCCGGGCCGAGCUGAACUGCUGGCUCUACCACAUGGAAAAGCAGAUGGCCCUCCUCGGGGGGCUCCGGCGCUGCCACUCAGCACCCCCACAGGGGCCCCCUGGAGAGGAGCUACCCUGGACUCUCCAGCGCCGUCUCACCCGGCUGCGGACAGCAUCAGGGCACGAACCUGGCGGCAGCGCCAUCUGUGCCUCAAGGGUCAAGCUCCAGCACCUGCCUGCACAGGAGCAAUGGGACCGGCUCUUGGUCCUGUACCCAACGUCCCUGGCCAUUUUCUCUGAGGAGCCGGAUGGGCUUUGCUUCAAGGGGGAGCUCCCACUCCGCGCCAUCCACAUCAACCUGGAGGAGAAGGAGAAGGAGAUCCGAUCCUUCCUAAUCGAAGCCCCUCACAGCGUCUGUGUGCCAGGUCCCCUCAUCAAUACCAUCCGAGUGGUAUGCUCCAGCUAUGAGGACUACAGCCACUGGCUGCUCUGCCUCCGCGACGUCACCCACAGGGAGGGGGCCCGGCAGCUGCCUGGCACCGAGAGCUUCCUGGGAAUGCAGGCGAUGGGCAGCGGCCGAGGCUCACUCUCCUCAGGUGGACUGACCAGCUGGGACUUGGAGUGCCUGGCGCCCCCGUCCACCCGCACCAGCCACUCCCUGCCUGAGUCCUCAGUGCCACCCACUGUGGGCUCUCCCUCCCUGUACACACUGGACCAGGCCAACUCUGACCCCACCAGCAUCUGCCAACGGAGGACAGAGCUGAGGCGCAGAGGCAGCAGCCGGUCACCCAGGAGCAAAGCCCGGGCAGAGGGCCAAGGCCCUGCCAUACCACUGCACCUGGACCUGACACAGCUGAACAGGCUGAGCCUGGAGGGCAGCUCAGAGGCCGCUGGCCACACAGAAACACCACACUCGCCCCUCUAUGCCGACCCCUACACCCCACCGGCCACCUCCCACUGCAGAAUCACAGAUGUCCAGGGCCUGGAGGAGUUCCUCAGCGCCACGCAGAGCUCACCUGGACCUGUGCCCUUGAGCCCGCUCCCCUUGUUGCCCACAUCUGUGCCUGUCUCUGACCCUGGCUCCAGCUCCCCCUGCCCCACUGGGCCCCACUUGCUCUCCAAGAAGGGAGCCUUGCAGUCCAGAGCCUCUCAGAGACACCGAGGCUCAGCCAAGGGUGCAGGGCCGCAGCCCGCAGACGCCCCUCAGCUCGUCUCUUCUGCCAGGGAAGGUUCACCCGAACCUCGUCUGCCUCUGACAGAUGGCCAGCCCCCCAGGAGGAACGAGGGCCCAGGCUGCAGCCACCCCUGGGAUGAGACUUUGGCUUCCUCCCACCAGAAGUGCGCCCAGCUGGGAGGGCAUGAGGCCAGUGGCGGGCUUGUGCAGUGGAUCUGAUGGCCCCAGCAGGGCAGGUUCUCAGGACCACCCUUGCCAGGCCUCCAUGACACCCACCCCCUAAGCCACUUCAAAGUCCAAGUCAGGGUCUGAACCCAGUGAGGUGGGGGGAGUCUCCAGGGCCCUGGGCUCCUCAGCGCCAGCAGCUGGGGUGAGGAAGGGGCCCCAUCCCAAGGACACCCUGGCUGGAGAGGCCAGGUCACAGGUCAGGGAGGCCCUGGCCAUCCACAGGGUUGGCCCUCAGCUCAGCCAGCCAGGAGUCGGGGAGGAGACUUGGGGCGUUCCUGGGAGUGGGAGGGUGGCAUGGGUGUGAAGGUCGGAGGACAGAGCAAGGUUAGCAGGGUCAGAGUAUGUGAGGUCAGAGGGCAAGAGGGUCACCGGUCAGCAAGUGUGAAGGGCACAAGCCAGGGUGUGGGUGGGGGUGUCCCAAGGAGGAGGGCAGGUGCGGCCUUGUGGCCUGGGUGUGUGCAGCUUGGGAGAGGCCGACACCACCGGACAAGAAAGAAAAAAAGAAGAGAGAGAGAGAAAGAAAAGAUUUUAUUGGUGCCGCGUCUACAUGUUCUCUGCUCAGCAGCUGGGGUCUCCCACAGUCUUGGACACCCUCUCACGCUCCCUCGGGGUUCCCCCAUCUGGCACCCAGCCAGGCAGCCCCCUGCUACUGCCACCUCAGGCCCCUCACCUGCCUUCCCACUGCGUCUCUCACCCCUCUCAGCUGUGCCCCACAGCACCCCACUUCUGCCACCUCAGUCCCCUCACCUGCCUUCCCACCACGUUUCUGACUCCUCUGAGCCCCCAGGAGAAACCCAGAGCCCAGUCCUCCAUCUGAUGCCACCGAAUUCUCCCUCAGCACCUGCACCAAGGGCCCUCGGGGCUCUACUGCAGACCCCCCACCCUGCAGGGGCCGCCUUCACUGUGUCAGGCCAGAGCCCGAGAGGCCUUGGCCACAGUCCCUCUGGAAUUUGGGGUGAUGAGCCUCGGAGCCCUUGCCACCAAGCCUACCCAUGAGGAGGGCAGAGUCCUUAGACCCCCCACCCGCUUUGAGGCCACCCCAUGUCCUCACUCCUUCCUCUGCCCAGAGCUCCUGUCCCGCCGCUCAGCCCCACUGCAUCCUGGAAGCACAGGGGCGGUUUCCAGGUAAACAAGUCACUUCUCAGUAAAAUGGCCUCCGUAGUAUUGCACGUCCGAAAUUCAAAUUUAACCACAUGCCCCGUGUUCUCAUCUGUGAAUCUGGCCACCCUGCUGCCCAGCCACCUGCCCGGCCUCCACCCACCGAGACUGGCAUCUCCGUCCCCAGUGUGGGGAGCAGCUGUGCUCACUGGCUGGACCCUCAGGUGAGUCCUAGGGAGCAGCACCAGGACACGCCCCCCCGGACCCCGCAGAAGACGAGUCAGGGGGCCCCGGCGAGGGCGGCACCUGUUCCAGGCACCCGUGCUCAGCUCCUCGUCCUGCGUCUCCCUGGCCCGGGCCUGGCUCCUAGGAGCUGGGGCUGGGGCUGCGGCUGCGGCUGCGGCACCCUUGCCUCACCUGCCGGCGGAAGAAUCGGAUGGCAGAGACGGUGCCAAUGUUGGCCAGCAAGACUGCAAGGGAAGCACAGGGUCUCCUGAGGGCCAGCUGUGGCCGUCAGCACCAUCUGCCCGAAACGCUCAGGACUCGAAGGACGGGCAAGUCCCGUGCGGCUGGGGAGGAGGUCAGGGGAGAGCCCUGGGUCCCCCACACAACCCUCAUCCUGCUGGUGCCCCUGGGUCUGACUUAUAGGCACAGUUCCCUCUGCCCCCAGGCACCCGAACCUGUUUUCCAGGCGUCUGGGGUGUGCAGAUCUGACGUCCUCACAGCCCAGGUGGCAAAGGCUACAAACACCAGGCACAUGUCAUUCUGGCUGAAGACAGAUGAUGGGACGGGCCCCCGGAGCUCCCCUAGGAAAGAAGCCCUCCUUCAGCCCCACAGCCGCACUCAGAGACUGGCCUGCACGCCCACCCCGAGAACCACCUGCCCCGGGAACCGCUUGCCCCAGGAACCGCUUGCCCCAGGAAACACCUGCCCCGCACACGCCUGCCCCAAGAACCAACCACCCGCCCCAAGAGCCAUCUGCCCCACACACGCCUGCCCCUGACACAUCCAUCCUGGGACACAUCUGUCCCAAGAUCCGUUUGUCCUGGACACAUCUUCCCAAGAACCACCUGCCCCGACACAUCUGUCUGAGACUUUCACGUGGUUGAGCUGGGCCAGUUUCGGGGAACUGCCUGUGGGCCCCCAUUUUCUGAUGCGUAAAGCACCUCCCAGAGGAGAUGAGAUGUGUGAUGCUACCUGGCGAACGCCUCACCCUGAAGGCAGCCAGGCCUGGACAGGAGCUCACCAGAGGCCGGGGCAGGCGCUGUCAUCACGUGGGCUGAACAGACCAACGGCCAGUGCGGAGCCAAAGCCCUGAACGGCCCGGGUGCCUGGCCAUGGCCGCCCCGUCUGCACUGUGUCCUGGAAUGACCUGGGCCCUGCCUGCCUGCCCCUCAGCGGCCCCGUGGCUGAGCUCCCUGGACACUGUGUGUCUGUGACCUGGAUGGGCUGUGGGACCCGAGGGCACGUACCUGCCUGCCUGAGAGCCAGGUGGAACCGCUCUACUGUGGCUGGCUUGGAGGGGGUCCCAGGCCCCGCUCCCUGGGAGGCCAAGCUGGGAGGCUCCAGGGCCUGUAGCCAGUUCGGGGCAGCCCCCGCACCCGGGACACCCCCAGGCACAUCCUCUCCAAAGAAGUGUUCAUAGGCCUCAGGGAUGGAAAUGGGCACGGGGUCUCCAGGUGGGGGGGCCGGCAUGGAACCAGCUCUCGGGGAUGGCACUGGGGCCCGCCGCUGCCUCAACCUCUGGGCUCCACAGUCUUGGAAGAAGAACUCGCACGUGUCCGGCCACUGGACAUCUGCUGGGCCCUGGCUGGCCGCUGCUGCCUCGGCAUGUUCGUCCUCCUCGAUGGGGUCACAGAAGAAGAACUCGUAGGCCUCUGGGAGGGUCACAGCAAAGCGGCUCCCGGGCCCGGCCCUCGUCAUGGCAGAAGGGGGCGGGCGAGGCAGAUGCUUGAGGAUGCGAGGCUGGUGGGGCUGGGGCCCAAAGGCCACAGCGUCCCAGACUCCAGGCCCCCUGUGACCCCCAGUCACUGUCCGGAGGGCUGAGGGCCGGGCUGUGGCGGGUGGGGCCGGGCCUGAGGCCUCCCCUGUGCCUGGCUCCUUGGGGGUGGGGACAACCAUGGAGAAUCGCACUUUCUUCUUCUUGGGGACUUGGGUGAGACCCGGUGUGGGCUCCCCAGAGCAGCGUCCACAGGCUCGUGCUGAGGGCUCAGACCCGACAACCUCCGUGUCCACCACGUCAGGCCCAGCUUUUUGGGUGGGAGACCAAGCAGGGCCAGUGGUGUCAGCUCCAGAACCAGGUGUACACACAAGCCCGGCCGACUCGGCCAUCCUUGGCACAGCCCCUGAGACAGGUGGAAAUGAAGCCACCUCUAGCUUCACCACUCGGCCUGCUGUAGCCAAGGCCACAUCCAGGCAAGAUGUGGAGGCUGGUGUGGACAGAGCCAUGUCCAUGUCUGGUUGAGAAGUGGAGGCUGGUGUAGACACAGCCAUGUCAGGUUGAGGCUUGGAGGCGGGUGUAGACACAGCGAUGUCACACUGAGGCUUGGAGGCGGGUGUAGACACAGCCAUGUAUGACUCAGACCGUGAAACAUCUGGGUGGGCUUCCUGGAUGGGUCUGGACACUGUGUGCAGCCUGGUGCUGGGGGCGGCUCUGAUUUGGUCUGUACCUUGCUCAGUCACAGGGACAGGUAUGGACAGGCCCAAACCUGGCCCUAGUUUGGCUUCCUGAACAGGAGGCCCAGGGCCAGGCUUGGGAGCUCCUACAGGGCCUGGCCCCAGCUUCUCCUGCCUGGCUCUGGCUGUCAGCUUUGCAAUCUCAGGGGAGUCCGUCUGUGCAGAAGCAGGGGCUCCUGCCUGCCCACUCCCCUUAGCACCCACCGCUCGCCUCUUCUUUCGGCCGGGGCUCCAUGACGAGGCUCCAGGGCUACUGGGGGGCCUCUGGGAGGCAGCGCAGUGGCCAGGGGACUCAGGACUUUGAGGGGGCUCCCCUGGGGGCUGUGGGGCAGGCCCCUGUAGAAGUCUCUGCAUCUGGUCUCCAGAAGACGCUGGACUGGGGCGGGAUGAGUGCUGGCCAGGAGGAGUGGUGCCGGGGCCAAGGAACAGCCGAGCUUCUGCCCGUGCGGACGUGCUGGGUGUCAGGUGACUGGUCCCCAGGGCCAAGACAGGGUCACACCAAGACCUGCUGACAGGGAACUGCCCGGCCACCUCCUCCUCCUCACAGCCCUGCCCCCCAACCACUGGCUGCCCAGUCAGGAGAGGCGGGGCGCUGGGGGGAUUGCUGCCGCUGCUGUCCCCUUGGUCAAUGUCACUGGACAAGAGCUCGUCCCCAGAGGCCAGGCCAGCCUGCAGGAGGCCACACUCGUCGGUGGUGGCUGAGAACUCGGCCCAGUCCUGGUCACUCAGCUGGACGCUGUACUGGAAAUUUUCCAUCUGGGGUCAGCAGAGGCACUGAGACUGGUGGGGUCCUCAUGGGUUCAGGCCCCAGGCACCACCCUGCACCUGCUGCCCCUGCCCCACGAGACCUGGGGGCUCCCACUGCCUCGGGGCUCUAUGCGUGCCCUGGAAGGAAGAGAACAGCAUAUAGAAGGGCCGGGCCUCCUUCAAACCUAGUGGCGACGAUUUCCUCCAAGCUAGCAAGUCUGCAGCUCCCAUGGCCCUAUUUCCCAGCGCACUCAGACGGGCUUUGAAAGACGUUGCUACAUUCCUAAAAUCGGAAAUGACCUAUCAAUGAAGCACCCUAUAAACCA